GGACGUAAGACCGAGCCUGCUCCUCCCUCUCCUGGAGGACUCAACGCUCUUGAGCAACCCUGCCUUUGACACUCCGCAUGGGCCCCAGGAGAGGCCAAGACGUUUUCAGGGAGAUGGAGAAACCAUUUCUUCACCUUCACGGGAGGCUUCCCUUGCCCACUGCCCAGCAAUCCUAUGAGGCAACAGCAGGGGCUGAGGCAAGUCCUGCUCACAGCCGGGGAGGAGAUCAGGGAUGGGGCAGGUGAGGAAGACGUGUGGUUGGGCCAUUGCAUCAGGCCCAGGAGGGACAUAAAGGAGGGUCCUGCUUGCUGGGAGGAGGCCGACUUGGGGACCAUGGAGACUCAGAGGGCCAUGCUCGUCCUGGGGCGGUGGUCACUGUGGCUACUGCUGCUGGGACUCGUGGUGCCCUCGGCCAGCGCCCAGACCCUCAGCUACAGGGAAGCUGUGCUUCUUGCUGUGGAUCGCUUCAACGAGCGGUCCUCAGAAGCUAAUCUCUACCGCCUCCUGGAGCUGGACCCGCCUCCCAAGGCCGACCAGGACCUGGACACCCCGAAGCCUGUGAGCUUCACGGUGAAGGAGACCGUGUGCCCCAGGACGACCCAACAGCCCCAGGAGCAGUGUGACUUCAAAGAGAAUGGGCUGGUGAAACAGUGUGUGGGGACUGUCACCCUGGACCAGUCCAAGGACCAAUUUGACAUAGACUGUAAUGAGGCGGGCAUGAAGAGAGGCAUCAGGGUCAAGAGGUCCAGCACAGCGUCUCCAUUCUCGGGUCCCUCUCGUGCCCUUCACACGCCUCUGCCCUCCUCCUCCAACACCCAGUAG